UCUUUGAGCUCAGUGAAGGACUUGGUUUAUGGCUUUAUGAUCCUUUUACAAGCAGAGUCUCGCAGACAUCUGGGGGCCAGGCUAAUUGGGGUUUAUAACCAUGACGCCCUCCCAAUGAGUUUGCUGCCUUUGAUCUCUGCAUCAAAGAGACCACAUGUCACUCAACAGAGAGGGAGGGGGAUGGGGUAGAAAAUGAUACAAGAUGGAGGCCUUUGCCAAAAUGGAGGUUCGCAUCCAUCUUUGUGUGCACGAUUGCUACAAGGAGCAGUACCAAAGGCUAGAUCC